UACAACUACAACUUCAGAGAGUUCCGACCUCAAUCCGGACGCAAUGGUUCAUUUCGCCAACCCUACUUCCGAUUUCUGAUUCUCUUUCGUCAGAACGCUGGCAUCACCGAGGAAUUCUUCCAUCGCCAUUGGAAGACUGUCCACGCUGACCUGACCCUGAGUCAGGCGGAUGUGGGGCUUCGUCUGCAGCGUUACAUUCAGCUUCAUCAAGACAAGGAACAUCGCGACAUGAUCCAGCCACUCUUAGCUGCGGUUGGCGGGGCGAUGCUGCUGGCGCCUUAUGAUGGUAUUGCGGAGUUUCACACCAGUGACUACGCCACAUUUGAGAAGUUCAUCUUGAGUGUGUUUAACGACCCUAUUCAAGUGGGAGAUCAACAAACUUUCAUCGAAGCAGGUGCGCCUUUGCAUGUUAUGGCCGGGUAUGAAAACCUCAUCUUCGGAAGUGGAAUUGAGACGUCGAAUGGUUACGAUGGCAUCCUUCCAGAGGAUUCUCGG